ACAUUUUUCUUGUUUACUUUUCGUGUAAAUUUUUUCAGAUCAGUUGUGUUCUGUCUAAUCAAAUCCUAACCUUUAAAUUAUAAUCAUUUUAAUCUGUUAAUUUUUUUAUUCUACGAAAAAUUGAUGGAUCAGUUGCGAAAUAUUUUCACAGGUAUUGUUUACGGUCUUAAAGAUGCAAUUUUCGGAAUAUUUGCCAUUCGAAAUCAUUACAAUUAUGAUCCAUCCUCAUCUUCAUCGUCUUCAUCUUCAUCUUCAUCUUCAUCUUCACCUUUGACAAAAACAUCAACAGGUUCAUCGAUUUCAUCUAAGAAAAAUGUACAAAAAUCUAAGCCUCUCAACAAGAACACCUUCCAAAUGAUUUGUCAAUGUUGCCUUCUUAAUGGUUGUAUAUUCUGGUUCUCUCUCAUCUUAUUUGACUAUGUUGUUCUCCCUUUGUUAUUUUCUUUAAUUCAUUUGAUAUUCGGCUCUCAACCUGGUGUGGUACAAUCUCUCUGGUACUGGAUGAAGCCCAUUCUAUCUCAUACCUUUGAUGCUCUCUGGAGACUACCUGUUUUCUUACUCACUCGCGUUGUAAAUGCUCUUUGGUUCCAAGACAUCGCUGAUUCGACCUACCGAGGAAAACCUUCCUUACUUAAGAGUAUACCCAAGUUAAUUGCUGAUACUUUCUUCAGUCUCAUGAUUCAAGCCUUAUUCUUAAUUCAAUCAUUGGUCAUCGCUUUCAUCCCCUUCCCUCUUCUCGGACACCUUGCUAGUAUAUUCCAUCUAAGUUUACUCUAUGCCUUGUACUCUUUUGAAUAUAAAUGGUCCAACAUGGGCUGGGCUCUUCACAAGCGACUACAAUUGGUCGAAAACAAUUGGCCUUAUUUCUUUGGCUUCGGGUUUCCACUCGCAAUUUUAACUUCUCUCUCGGAAUCUUGGUUUGUUUCUGGUUGUAUCUUCUCCCUGCUCUUCCCAUUAUUCAUUAUAAGUGGUAAUGAAGCCAAACCAAGACGAGGACUUUGUGAUACUCCGAUCAAAAUUUUCCAAGUUGUUGUUUGGGUUUCGAAUAAAAUAUUUCAAGGAACCAUUAAUUUAACAGCGAGUAAUCAGGGAAGAAAAAUUAUCAACAAAUACCAAUGUAAUUAACAAACUAGACAAUUAAUCUAAUUUUGAUCAUUAAAAUAAAUUUUUCUUUCUUUUUUCACGAAUUUAAGUAAAA